UGGUGGGGCACUGAUACCUGCUAUCCCAGCCCGGAGAACAGUGACAACGACUGUUCCGAGGAGCAGCGCACCGGUUUCAACUGGGGCGGUGUUGGUGAGGGUGACUUCAGCAACUAUGGCGGCUUUGACUUCUCCGGUUUCUCGAUGAAGUCUAAGUUCAGCGGUGCCGUGUCUGGUGGUUUCGGAGGCAAAUGCAUCGAGGGUAAGGUUGGCAAGGGCUCCAAGUCCGGCCUUCGCUUCAACUCCGGCAGCAAGGCUUUCUCCGUCGGUUCCUUCCGUCUGGCUACCUCCAAGAAGUCCGACGUUCACAUCGUCUACGGCAUGCCCGACGGCUCCUCCUGCAAGCAGGUCGCCUCGUGCUCGCCCGAAGGUACCGAUGUCCGCAACGAGCAGUGCGGUGGUGCCACCUCCGUUCACUUCCAGCUGCCCGAGGACCACGAGGAUGAUGAGUGCGACCUGGGUAUCCACACCAUCGACUUCGACUGUACCCCCGGAACCAAGAACCCCAGCCACUCCAUCGAGCUCCCCAGCUUCACUGCCACCCCUCCGUCCCACGAGACCGGUGUCUCUGGCCACAGCUCGUCCGUGCCCGUCAUCCCCGGCCACUCCACCUCUGCCGGUGGCGCCGUCACCACCCCGGCUCCCAGCACCCCCGUGAGAAUGACCACCUCCACUGUGUAUGCUACCAGUGAGAUCACCAUCACCAGCUGUGCGCCUACCGUGACCAACUGCCCGGCCGACUCCACCAGCGUUGUCACCAAGACCAUCCCCAUCUCCACCACCGUCUGCCCCGUCACCGAGACCGGUGGUGAGAACGGCGGUGUCCCGACCCCCACCGGUGUCUCCCCUGGCGGCAGCUCUCCUGGUCCUUCCGGCCCUGCUAUCACCUCUCCCGCCGUGACUGGUCCUUCUCCCACCGGUGACGAGGAUAUCACUACCACCGUCAUCACCUACGAGACCGUCACCACCUGCCCCGUGACCACCACGGCCACCGAGGGUGACAAGACCACUACCUCGAGCACCCCCGUCAUCCCCACCGACAUUGCUCCCAUCACUACCCCCGCUGCGCCUGCCGAGACUACCUUCACCCCGGCUCCCUCGGACUACACCACCACUGUCAUGACCUACGAGACCGUGACCACCUGCCCGGUCACCAAGACUGCCACCGAGGGUGACAAGACCACCACCUCCGUCUACAGCACCGUGUCGACCGCCACCCUGACCUCGACCAUCAGCUACUGCCCCAAGUGUGCUGAGAGCACCCCCGUCAUCCCCACCGACGUUGCUCCCAUCACCACUCCUGCCGCCCCGGCCGAGACCACCAUCGUGACCUACGAGACCGUGACCACCUGCCCCGUUACUGAGACUGUCACCGACGGUGACAAGACCAGCACCUCGGUCUACACCACCACCAGCACCUCGGUCUACACCACUGUUUCCACCCUGACCACUACCUCGGCCAGCGUCGUGGUUCCUACUGGCGUUGCUCCCACUGGCAAGCCCGUCACCUCGUCGGUGCCGUCGACCCCUGAGGAGCCCUCCACCCCCUGCCCCAACGUCGUGCCCAAGUGUAUCAACACCUGGCUCACCAAGAUGCCCAAGUGCGGCUCCAACAGCGAGGCUGGCUGCUUCUGCCCCUCGGCCGAGUUCACCGACAAGGUCAUCGGCUGUGUGCAGGCGUGGGGUGCCUCCGACGACGAGGUCCAGGCUGCUCUGUCCUACUUCACCGGUAUCUGUGCCUCGUACGUUCCCCAGAACCCCGGUAUCGUGACCGCCAUCCCGUCCACCAUCACCCUGGUGCCUUCGGCCGGCGUCCCCAGCACCACCGACGUCUCCCCCGUCACCCAGGCUCCUAAGCCCACCGGCGGCGUGACCUCGCCCGAGACCACCGCUCCUGCCCCUGCUCCUCCCGUCCCCGUGUCGGCCACCACGAUCACCUACUCCACCUACACGGUGACCGUGCCCCAGGUUGCCUUCAGCACCGCCACCUCCGGCCACCAGACGACCGUCGGCCUGAUCCCCGGACCCGCCCCUACCGGCGUGUCCCCCGGCGGCAACGGCGGCAACCCCGGUGCCCUGACCACGAUCGCCAACCCGUGGGCCUCAUCGACCAUGGUCAAGACGCACGCCGGUAGCUCGACCGCGGCGCCUACUCCCUCGUCGACCAUCCCUCUGUCCAACGACGCCCCGGCCAAGGCUGUUAGCUUCUGGUGGGGAGUCGGAAUUGCCGCGAUGAUGGGCAUUGUGUACUAG